GCGCUUCCCUGCUCCUAAGAAAAUUCUUUGUCGUCCCCUUUUUUUUCUAGGAAAACUAGCGGAGUCGGACCUUCAAUUUGUUGUCUCUCCAACCUGCGCACUCAGCAGAGUGUGUGCCUGUCUGCCUUUGUUCUUCACCAUGGCUUCUCACAAGACGUUCAGGAUCAAGCGAUUCCUGGCUAAGAAACAAAAGCAAAAUCGUCCCAUUCCACAAUGGAUCCAGAUGAAAACUGGCAAUAAAAUCAUGUACAACUCCAAGAGGAGACACUGGAGACGAACCAAACUGGGUCUAUAAGGAACCACAUAUUGUAUGCUGUUUGAAGGUCACCAUUAAACUUACUGUAUCAAGUUUAAAACA